AGCAGGACAGAGGUCUUCAACGUAGCAAAGAAAACAGAGAAGCUGCAAUGGCUAGUUAGAAUGGCGAGUAACCCAGCUAGAAGAGAUCAGACACGAUUCUGCGCCUUUCAUGGAGAACAUGGACACGAUACAGAGGAAUGCAGACAACUGAAAAUAGAAAUCGAGAGGUUAAUAAGACGAGGAGCACUCCGGCAAUUUGUAAAAACAAACGAUAGCAGCAGAAAUAGGAAAGAUCAGCACAAAAAGCCUGGAGAAAAAGAGAAAGAAGAAGAACAGCCACUAGAAGUUGUGGGGACCAUUAACAUCGUAAGCUUACCAUCUGAAGUACGCAGCAAGGAAAAAACCCCCUCAGUAACACUGGAAGCAAAGAAUUCUUUAAGAAAAAGUGAGGUAAUCAGCUUCACAGAAAAAGACCUGCAACAAAGGGAAGUAUAUCCUCAUGAACCCUUGAUGAUACAAGUAAUAGUUGAAGACAGAAACCUCCGGCAAGGAAAAAUAUUAAAAAGAAUAUUAGUAGACACAGGAAGUUGCAGAGACAUACUUACACAUGAAGUUUUCAAAAAGCUGGGAUUCUCAACACAAUUUAUGAGACCCUGUGAAUUCCCGUUAGUAGGAUUGUUUGGAAAAGAGGUGCCAGUAGUGGGGAUCAUCACAAUACCUAUCCAUGUUGGCGAUACCGCUCAGAAAGCUGUGGUAACCUUGGACUUCUUUGUCGUAGACAUACCAUGCUCUUUUAACGCAAUCUUAGGAAGACCAGGAUUGAAUGCAUUACAAGCAGUAAUCUCUACAAGCCAUAUGAUGAUCAAAUUUCCUACGCCAAAAGGUAUUGGAGUAGCAAGAGGAAGGUCCGCAGAAAUUCAGGAAACUGUCACAGCACAAGUAUCUGAACAAUCAGAAACUCGGAAACUGCGGCCUAAGUCCAGAGCCUGGGAUUUAAUCGCAACAGGCGACAUCGGGAGAAGAAGAGCAUUGACAGUAGAUACAAUGGAUGCACGAGAAGGUAUAAACGAACAACGAGCAGAGCCCAUUGAUCGCACCAAAUCCGUGGUACUCACCUCAAAAAAUCCAAACAAAACAACGAAUGUAGGAGCAGAUAUGGACCCGAAAUUUACUGCAAAACUAGAGGAAUGUUUAAGAAGGCAUGAAGAUAUAUUUGCGGGAAGUGCAGCUGACAUGCCUGGAAUAGACCCUAAAGUCGCAUGCCAUAGACUCGGGGUACCCCCAGAAGCUGUGCCGGUCAGACAAAAGAUGAGACAAUUUGGAGCUGAAAGAACCGCAGCUAUAAAAGAAGAAGUAGAGAAAUUAAAAAAAGCAGGAUUUAUAAAAGAAAUAAACUUCUGUGAGUGGUUAUCCAACGUCGUCAUGGUAAAGAAGGCAAAUGGAAAAUGGCGUAUGUGCAUUGAUUUCACUGACCUUAAUAAGGUGUGCCCCAAGGACAACUAUGCAUUACCAAACAUAGAUGAGUUAGUGGACAAUUCCUCCGGAUAUGAAGUACUCAGUUUUUGUGACGCUUAUUCCGGAUACAACCAAAUCCCACUGGCAGAAGAGGAUCAAGACAAAACAGCUUUCAUCGCGGCAGGAGAAACAUAUUGCUACAUAGUGAUGCCAUUUGGCCUAAAAAACGCAGUCCUCACCAAUUAUCCUUUGAGACAUGUAUUGCACAAACCAGACUUAGCAGGAAGGCUGGUAAAAUGGAGCAUUGAGCUUACAGAAUUUGAUGUGGAAUUCCAGCCACGAAAAGCUACAAAAGCUCAGAUUUUGGUAGACUUCAUAGUAGAACUGAGUAAGGAAGAAAAAGCUGCGCUUGACACACCUUUACCAACACCCCCGGCAAAGCGACAAUCAUCCGAAGUAGAAGAAGAGCAAGCAAGGGUAAUUCCACCGGAUCUUUGCUGGGUCCUCCAUGUUGAUGGAUCAUCAAGUGAGAAUGGGAGUGGCGCAGGAAUCAUACUGACAUCACCAGAAGGAGAAACCUUUGAAUACGCACUAAAGUUUACAUUUGAGGCAUCCAACAAUAGAGCAGAAUAUGAGGCUCUGCUGGGAGGACUUCGGUUAGCAAAAGCUGUGAACGCAGAAUACAUAAAAAUAUUUAGUGAUUCACAGUUAGUAGUAAACCAAGUAAAAGGAGACUUUAACGCUCAGGAAAUAGUAAUGACAAAAUACCUGGAAAAAGCUGCGCAACUCCUUAAACCGUUCAAAGGAUACGAAAUGCACCAUAUAAGAAGAACUGAAAAUUCAAAAGCUGAUGCGUUGGCCAGAUUAGCAAGUUCAGGAGUCACAGAAUCAGGAAAAGAGAUAUACGUUGAGGAACUGAGCUCCCCCUCAAUAUCUGAAGAAGAAAUCCUGGAAAUAGAAGAAGAAGAAGUAACCUGGAUGAAUCCAAUCAAAAGAUACCUCUCUAAUGGAGAUUUACCUGAAGACAAGAAAGAAGCACAGAAAUUGAAAAGAAAAGCAGCGUGGUAUACAAUCCUUGGUGACCAUCUUUAUCGAAGAUCAUACACACAGCCAUGGCUCAGAUGUCUGGCACCCAAUGAGGCAAAAACCGUAAUGGAAGAAAUUCACGAAGGAGAAUGUUCCAACCACAUAGGAGCAGAGUCGCUAUCAUACAAAAUCCUCCGCCAAGGAUACUUUUGGCCAACCAUGAAGAUGGAUACAAGGGAAUACGUCAGGAGAUGUGACAAAUGCCAAAGGUUCGCUCGAAUACAACACCAACCCUCAAAUCCUCUACAUAUGGUAACAGCUCCAUGGCCCUUUGCAAAAUGGGGGAUGGACAUCCUUGGGCCCUUCCCAGAAGCAAAAGGAAAAAAGAAGUACGUUAUAGUUGCAAUAGACUACUUCACGAAAUGGGUGGAAGCCGAGGCAGUGGCCAGAAUAACAGAACAGAAAAUAGAAGAGUUUGUAAAGAUAUGCAUCAUAUGCAGGUUUGGAACACCAAAAAUCCUGGUCACGGACAAUGGGACCCAGUUCGCAAGAAAAACACCAGAGCAAAUUGAGCAGAGAUUUGCUUCAGUAGCUUACCCAGAAUCAAACGGACAAGCAGAAGCUGCCAACAGAAUCAUAUUGGAUAGCCUGAAAAAGAAGGUAGGAAAGGCAAAGGGCGCAUGGACAGAAGAACUACCGUACACACUAUGGGCCUACAGAACCACGUAUCGCACAUCCACUGGUGAGACCCCAUUCAAUUUAACAUACGGAACAGAAGCAGUGAUUCCAGUAGAAACCAGAAUUUCAACGCAUAGAACAAGCCAUUACAACGAACACAAAAACAGAGAGACCUUGAGAGCCAACUUGGAUUUACUAGAAGAAGUUAGGGACUUAUCACAAAUACGAAUGGCAAGUUACCAUAGAAAAGCAGAAAAAUAUUACAAUCGCAAGGUAAAACCCAAAAACCUAUGCAAAGGAGAUUGGGUACUAAGAAAAGCAGAGGUUUCAGAAAGAAAUCCCCGAGAAGGAAAGCUACGCUCAAGUUGGGAAGGACCAUACCUCAUCAAGGAAGAUUUAGGCAACGGGGCCUUCAAGUUGACACGCCCCAAUGGAGCAAUAAUCCCACGGACCUGGAAUGCUGCGCACCUUAAGAAAUACUACCAGUAAGCAAAGGAAAGUAACCUUGUAAAGUACUCCCCAUCAAUAUUGCGACUUUUAUCUGAAUAAAAUGAGAAAUUUAGC